GCGUGGGGCGGGACUUCCGGCGCCCUCCUCCCGGCGGUCAUUUUGGCUGGUUGGGUGUGUUCCUCCCGGCGGCGGGUCCAGAGCGCGGGGGUCGCGGCCGGUGGACGAGGCGGAGAAGGCGUCGGGAGGGCCGUGUCCACCGCGGGAAGGCGGGUGUGAGGCUCGGCCUGGGCGCCGCCGGAGAGGGUCCGCACCGGGGCCGGGACGCGAACCGCCGCCCCGCUCCGCCCACUGACCCGGAUGGCGGCGGCCGCGCCGAGGCGCCCGGCUGAGGUCUAAGCAGUGAACGCUGGAUGCUCUCAGCACGGGACUGCGUUCGGACCUUCCUGGGAAGCCAGAGCCACAGGCGCAUCCUGAUCCUGGAGGUUCCGCCGUGGGCCGCCCAGCACAGGGGCCUCUGGAGCUGUGGGAGCAUCGUCGCCCAGAAAGCCCUGCGUGGAGCGGCGUCUGGUGGAGCCAAUGACGGUCCCGGGCUGGCGGCAUCCUCCUGGUGACGGCUCCUCGUGCGGAGACGCUGGGUGCGAAGACCGGGCUGGGAAGGCGGGGCGGGCGCCGCUGUCCUCGUUGCUCAGAGUACAAUGGCUGUGGCCUCACCGAGGGGUCUGGCUGAGGGCCGUGUGAGCUUCGAGGACGUGGUCGUGUACUUCUCCUGGGAGGAGUGGGGGCUCCUGGACGAGACGCAGCGAUGCCUGUACCACGACGUGAUGCUGGAGAACUUGGCCCUGGUGACCUCACUGGGUUGCUGGCGUGGAAUGGAGGAGGCGGAGGCUGAGGAGGAGACAUCACUGGGCCAGACGCCAAGUCCAGCUCCAGCCACUCGGGCGGCUCACCCCUGUGAGAAGUGUGUCCUGGUCGGGGGAGACGUGCUGUGCCUGACGGAGUUCCCAGGGGCCUGUGGGGCAUGCGGAAGGCAGCCCUGGCUCACCGCGGGCCUGCAUGAGCAGCACAGGGACGAGGAGCCGCUCUGGAGUGAUGUGGACGCCGUGGACACGGCCUCGUUCGUGACGAGCUGCGGGUGCCACACGUCGGGGAACCCCUUUGCCUUCGCUUGUGGGGCCGUCGGGGAGGACUUCCUGGCCAUGGUGCGUCUUCUGCAGCAUCAGGCCUCGCUCAGGGGGUCACAGCCCCCCGGCAGCUUCCAGUGUGGGGAUGGGGAGGCCUUGCACAAUGCGGGGAGCCAUUACACUGGGAGUGACUACGAGCCACAACUCAGCCACGAAUACAAACCCCUUCAGCACCAGCAGCUUCCCCCUCAAAGUCAUUAUGACUGUGAUGAUGGUGAGAAACCCUUUCACCAAAGCUCCCCGGUCUGUGAUGGCCAGGCGCCUGACCCGGGACCGAGGUCAUACGAGUGCAACGAAUGCGGGAGAUCCUUCAGCCAAAGCUACUACCUCAUCCAGCACCACCGGAUUCACACCGGAGCCAGGCCUUACAAGUGCAACGAGUGUGGGAAAGCCUUCACGUACAAACUCCGGCUGGUUCAGCACCUGCAGAUCCACAACAGAGUGAAGCCUUACGAGUGUGGGGAGUGCAGGAAGUCCUUCAGCUACAGCUCCACGCUCAUCAAACACCAGCGCGUGCACACGGGAGCCCGGCCUUACAAGUGCGGCGAGUGUGGAAACUCCUUCAGUCAGAGCUCCAACCUUGUCCAGCACCAGAAAAUUCACAACGGGGCGAGGCCUUACAAGUGCAGUGAGUGCGGAAAAUCUUUCAGCUACAAGUGCAAACUCGUGCAGCACCUGCGGAUUCACACUGGUGAAAGGCCUUACGAGUGUGGGGAUUGUGGGCGAUCUUUCAGCCACAGCUCCACUCUCAACCAACACCGGAGAAUUCACACUGGAGCCAGGCCUUAUAAGUGUGACGAGUGUGAGAAAUCUUUCAGCCAAAAAUCCAACCUCAUUCAGCAUCAGAGAGUUCACACGGGGGAAAGGCCUUACGAGUGUGGGGAGUGUGGGAAAUCCUUUAGUCAAAGCUCCCACAUCAUUCAACACAGAAAACUUCAUACCAGAUGACCUCAGGAAUGUGCCGUGACUUUGGGCAACGUGUCAGCCACUGCUCUGUUGUCAGUUUAACAACAGCUUAACCCAGAGAUUCUUUAAAGAUAUUAACCUGUUUGGCCCCAGAAAGUCCGCAUGGGAGAAGCCUGAGACACACGCCUCAGGGAACACGCUGCUUCCUGUUGGGAAGCCCUCCGCUGAUGGUGAACUUGAUGCUUCAGCGUCCACAGCAGGGAGAUCCUCCCUACGGAUUAUUUCGGUGCUCGGGAAGCUUUUAUUUCCACUCCUCCGCUUCCUUUGUCUGAAUUCGCACCCCUCCCAAGCCAUCGCACACCUCUGCCAUCCACUCCGAGGUUCCUCCUUUUUUCUGAAUAAUAGGGCAUAAUCUGGACUCAGUUUUCUUGGCUAAGGUCAGGCUGGGUAAUGGUGUCUGGAAAAGAAGGGGUACCCUUCUCCCAGGCCUCCUGAGAGAGACGGACAGCACUUUGUGGUCCUCACUUACACCCUGGAGGCCAGCCCGGAGGAGGAGGUCGGGCUGGGACAACCUCCGGUGCUUCCGCAGGUGCAGUCGGUUGCCUUCCCUGGGGCGGUCACACCAUCUGCUGAGCACCAUGAUGAGGAGCCUGCUUCCCAGGCGCUCACAGAGGGAUCCUGUGCCUUCACGUCUCCAGCUGGGUGACUGUUCGCGGUUGUAGGACUGCAGGGGCUGGGCUGAAACCAUUUGUUUCAAAACACUGGGUGAGACAUCGGGCAACCAGGCAGGGUGUGCCCUCCAUGCCUGUUCCCGUGGCGGAAGGCUGGGGACGAGUGUCCUGUAGGGAGGCCGUCGUCAGCAAAUGCAGCUUUGGUUGUUUGGUUAUUGCAGUCGUGUCUGAGCAUGCUUCUGUCCCAUCUGAGCGUGCUGCUGCACCGGAAGGAAGCGCAGACAGGAGUGAGACCAGGUGGCCUGCUUCUGUGACCAGCUGAGAAACUGAGUCCAUGCCGGCCAGAAAGACCCACGUCCGAGUUUCCUGCCCCUGAGCGGGGCUCUGCUGCUCAGAGGAUCGGAGUGGAAAGCAGUGCCGGGAGCCACACUUCCAUCUGAGCGGCUUCCACGCAUUGACACGUGUCGGGGCUGCACCUGUGGCCGUUGCUUCGUGUUGACCUGUGUCCCUCAAACAGCCAGAAUCAUAACCACCAGUUACUCUCACUGUGUGCCCUUUUUAAGUCUCUCCCUCUGCUCUCAGCAAGAGGGGUUGAUGUUAGUUUCUUUCACAGAUUAUGUAUUUUAUAGAAUUUUAUAUGAUUCGUGUCAUGAAUUGUUCUCAAAGGUUUUAAAUUUGAUUUCCUUCAUGCUCAUAGUAUUACUUUUGAGCUUCAUGCACAUCAGUCACACUUAUGUGAAGUACUUUAUUCCUUCUGUUUGAAUACUAUUCUGUCUAUGGAUGUUUACAUUUAAUGGAGGACAUUGACUUGUUUCCAACUUUUUGGCUAUUAGUGUAAAUGCAUGUCCUUCAAUGAAUUAGCUAUUCUAGCCACUCACCCUAUGAGAAACACUGUCACUCUAAAAUUCUCACUUUUCUCUAAAACAACCCCUCCUGACUUUCUCCCCACCCCCCAAUCACACUUCUCUCCUUCCCGAACUACAGCUCUUGGCUGUUCCUGAAUAAACACACUGCUGAGGAAAA